AUGCCCCGCGCCUCGCUAUUGCAGCUCCCAGAAGAGCUACGACUGAGAGUGGUCGAAUACAUAACACUGAAGAGCGAUCUCAAAUCGCUGUGUGAGACAUGUUCAGCUCUACGUGUUGUCGCGAACCCGCUACUGUAUAGGCGUAUCAUCUUGCGACUAUGGAGUCGGCGUGCUGUGGAUCGUCUCCAGAAGUCCAACCUGGCAGGCGCUGGCCUCCAUUUCCAGCACACGAAAGAGCUCAUUAUCGAAGACAGUCCCCCUGGCGAAGAGCUCUUCACGAUACACAGUGGACGGAUCCGCCCACCUCUUCUUGAUCGUCGGGUUGAUGCUCAUUACCUGAACGCUUAUGAGAAAGACAAUUACGCCUACUCAUUCUUGCAAAUUAUGCACCAUCAUCAACUAGAACGCUUAUGGUACCAUUCACGGCGACCAUUAUCGCCAGUGGUGAAAACACAUCUGCGCAACUACCAAACUAAGAUACAAGACCUCCAAAUAGGCUUGUAUACUGAUCCCGGGUCACCUGAAGUGUUGCCGCGGAUAUUCUGUGGUCUGCAACGCCUCGAUCUUUAUCUCAAUGGACCGGUUGACAAUUAUGACAAAUGGGUCACCCUCUUGUUCAAUAAUAUCGAAGCCGUUGGUGCCAACUUAAAGUCCUUAUCUUUGACAGCAGAAGAGGCCGAGGAUGUCAACGGGCCCUUGAAUACCUGGGCAAUGGGCGAGCAGAACGAUCUCACCCGCUUCACCCCCAUGCUCGAAGAACUUACGUUGUUCAAUUUCACUUUCGAGGACGUCUUCGAAGGGUUGUCUUUGAUUGUCGACUUCCAUCGACUUGCGCGACUCAAGCUCCUGGGAAGCUAUGGGGGAGCUCAAGACUUUUUUGAACAUCUUGCCGACCGUGCCAAGGGCAAAAGGCUCAACCUAAAGCAUAUUGCCAUAGAGCUUGCGGGUGAUCUCUCGCCGUCUGGAGCCGAUACUCUGGGGGGCUCCCUGAAACAGAUAUUCAAGGCCUCUGAACCUCUUGAGAGUUUCCAUAUCCGCUGCGAUGAAGCGGAUCCUGACGAAAGUCCUACGUACAGUUACUUGGAGUACCUCCACCGUGCCGGACAUAACUUGCAGAGUCUGAGUUUCCAUGCGAAUCAGUACAAUCGGGGUGAAUAUGACUCCGAUGCUGCGAAUUUACUGUUGGAGAUUGGCCAAGACUUUUCCUUUCAUGGAUUGAAACAGCUUGCAAUCUACUUUGAAGAAAUGUCAAUGCUUAGCGGCAUCUGGGGAAUGGAAGGCUUUGAGCCUAUGCUCAUAACGGCGUUAAGCCGUUUCCCAGAACUGCGCUUGCUUCACCUUCGCCUACCACACUGUGUCCGUAUGGGGUGCGCUGAACUAGGCGGCGGGUGGGACACCUCAAUAUUGGUCCUGCAGCUGCAAACUUUCGCAAGCCGCAUCUUUGAGUCUCUGAAUGCAGAAGUAUUGAAGAAGACGGGUGCAGAAUCGAAGCUGGAUGCUUUGGUAAUCGGCCAUGUGGCGACUCUGGGGGAUCCAGACAACCUGGAUCUCGUGCGUCCACUUCCACAACAAUGCUUCGUCCGAGGCGAGCAACGCGAUAUCCUGGGUCGCACCGUUCCCGUUGCUGUACCCGUUACGAGAAUGAUGUUGCGCGAAACGCAACCGUACACGGAUAUCUUGGAAGUCGAUGUGCAUUCUGCUUCCGAUGCGUGGGAGGUGUGGGCUGCUCGACCGAUGUAA